AUGUGGAGUGCGUUCAUGAACGGCUCGGGGCUGCACGGCGGGGGCGGUGCUGGUGGAGCUGGGGGUGCCGGCGGCGGCGGGGGGGGAUACGUCCCCUCUCAGGGAUGGGAGUUUGUGCCGUGCACCAGGAUGGAUAGGGUCGACCGAGGCCGGAGCAAGGCCCGCACUUCGCUGAGGAGGGUCUCCUCUCCGCCCACCGUCUUCAGUCAGCUCUACGACUCCCAGUUCGGAGCUUCACCAGGAGGAGGAGGAGGUGGAGGAGGAGGAGAGGGCGAAGCGGGCAAACAGCUGGAGAUCCUCAGGGGACAAAUGUGGCCCGGUCCCGAACCAGCAGUCCCGCAGCAGCAGCCGCAGCCAGCUCAACACACGCGGCUGAAAAAGAAGUUGGACGAUUUGAAGAAGAGACAUGUGCAGGACAAGGAGGAGUGGAUGCGUGAGAAGGAGUCAUUGUUGAGAGAAGUGGCUGACAUACAAGGAGGGGAGAACAGGAGGAUUCUGCUGGACCUGAAGACGGUUUUGGAGGAAGUGCAAACGGAGGUGAAGAGAGAGGAGGAGAAGAGGAGCGAGCUCCAUCUGCAGUACACCAGGGACAGAUGUGCCUGGGAGCUGGAGAAGGCUGAGCUCAAACGCAGGAUUGUACAGUUGGAAGCUAGAGAAGGUACCGGGUCGGUGAGGGGAGUGGUCCAGUCAGCAGCAGGUCCUGGACCUGCGGCCUCACGGACCAAUCAAGGACAGCACGGAGAGACCCCAUCUCUCCGCCAAGACAGGGAAGAGCAGCGGAGGCUCCUGGCAGACACACACUCGACGGCCAUGGACCUACGCUGUCGUCUGGAGCACAAUGAGAGGGACUGGUCGAGGGAGAAAAGCGAGCUGCUGGAGAGGUUCGACGUGGAGAGGAGGGAGUGGGACAGCCAGUUGAAAGAUAUGCAGAGGAAAAUAGAAGAGCUGUACUGUGAAGUGAGAACCAAGCGAGAGGGCACCAGGCUGGACGGCGGGAGGCAGGACGAGGAUGAUGUCAUGCAUGGGCUCAGCCUGCGUUCCACCAGCACAGGUUCCAGUCUGCUCAGUGAUAACUCCCACUCAGAGCCACUCAGCAGUAGCAGUCAAUCAGAGUCUCACAGACAGGCAUCAUUACCCGGCUUUGGUCACAACAGGAACACCGGAGUUGGCGGUUCUGGAGGCAGAGAGAGUCACCAACCCACCUGCUUCCAGGCAGACGGCCUCUGUCAGUUUAAUGUUGGUCGCUUGACUCAGAACGAACCUUCACAACCAGAGCUGGUGGAUGAGUUUAGAACAAGAAGCACUAGGCAGCAAGACUCAGUUGAUGACAGCACGGAAGAUGCCCUUACAAUGGAGCUGGCUGCUAUAUUCCGUGGAACUCCUGGGUGUGGAACGCCUCAGAGAAAUCCUACUAAUGGGAAUGAAGACGAUCUCCGUGUUGCUUCUCAAGAAAGUUUGCUCUGGGCGGAGCUGAGUAAUGGCAGUGAAAAGAAGAGGAACACAACUGCUCUCAAUGCUGCUCUGAAGGAGAUCGCCCGUGUGAGUGAGGAGCUUUGUAGCUACCAGGACGAGAUCAGAAAGAAGAGCGGAGAUAAGAGGAAUCGAUCUGAAUCCCUGUUUGUAACUGAGGAGAGUGACAUGCUGUUUGGUCACGAUAAGAACCGGCUGGAGGUGGAUGAACCUCUCUGCGACCUCAGCCAGAUUUACGAUGACUUCCGGGCCUUGGAAAGAGAAAAGUGGAUCACCUUCUCGCCAGAGAACACCUGGCGGGCCGACAGUGCUCUGAGUGACCGCUGGAGAACAAACUCUGCUGAUCAAGACAGCUACAGAGACACGCGGACGAGCCCUGAAGCAACCUCUGAGAUGGAGGCAGCAGCUCCACCCAUCCCUCCUCGCUCCUCCUCCUGGAAUCUGGGCAGCCCAGCCCAUCCAGACACAGAACUCCACAUCCCAGAAUCCCCCUCCACCACAGUGAAGAAGUGCCACAGCCCCUGUGUUCUUGUGGACAAAAAGUGCAGCAGCCCGUCCAUCGUCAGGAAGUUUGAGGCUAUGCUCCAAGAAAAUGAGGGGAAAGUAUUGAUAGAUGGUGCGGUAACCUCGUGUGCUGCGCCUGAAAACCCUAGCUGUAAUAUGGGCUGCUGCCACAGCCGCUGGUCCUGCGAUGCAAGCAAGUUCAGUAACAGCAAGUUGUCUGCAUAUGGGACAGUGCAGAACAGCUUCUCUGAGGUGAACAUACUGAGUGCUGCGAAACACUCAGAUUACACCCCUGCUGUUGGUUACUUGACAAACCCCGAUGUGCAAAUGCCUCCGCUCGUCAAAGAAUUACCUGUGGACUUGUUGAUGUAUUCCCUGGAAACAACACCUGCCAGCAGCAACCUCCAGGGCUCCAGAAGAAACAUCAUGCUCGAACAAAAAACUGCUGAGUUCAACAGAACUUUGUUUCAAGCUGAGAUGGGCCGUGGUGUAAAGGAACAAGACGGUUUUAUUACAGCAGAUGCCUCCUCCCGGGGUUGCCAAGCAGCAUCGACACCAUCAGAUGAGGUUUUACCUUCCGUGCAGACUGGAUUUCAGCCACAUUACACGGAUUUCACACCUGGCAUUACAGCUGCCCAUCCUGAAGUCACAUUAUCUGUGUCCUCCACAAGUUCCUCAAUUCAGAACCUUGACUUCCAGUCAUGGCAGAUGAUAUAUGGUCUAGAAGGUCAAGAGGUCAGAAUGAAACAAGAAACACCCUCUGAUCUUUCACAUGAUCAGCCUCAGGUUGGACUCAGACAUGCCACCACAAUAACCUCUCACAGUCCUGUACACCAUCCUGAGGUCAAGCACAAAGUCCAAAAGGCAAGCAGUCCUUCCAGAAAAACACAACAAAGAGCAGCCACAGAGGCUCCCUUCCCUGAGACAGGCCAGAAUCUGUCCAGCUCUAAGAAUGGAGCAAAGCCUCAGCCAGCCAGGGUGGGCGUGUCCCUCCAGCAGACGCCUGUGGAGAACAAACAAAGACAGAUGACACAGCCCGGGCAGCAGGAACAGCCAAGGCAUGCGUCUGCACCUCCUUCCCAGUCCGACUCAUCCAGACAAGGGCCUCGGAUGAUGAACGACCAUCCCUGGAAGCCCCUCACUCUGGCAGCGUAUCCACGGCCAGAGGGAUCCAGGUCCAACUACGGGGCAGUGGAAAGGAUUCUGAAGAAUUACGAGAGUGCAGCUCGGGCUAAACAAAGCCAGAGCAAGCAGAACGAGACGACUUAUUUUCCUAACCUCAGCGAUGGGCAGGAGGAGAAUGUCACUGAACUAGACAUGCUGGACAUGGACCCUCUGGCCUUCCCCCCUACUCUGAGACACACACUGACUUCACACAGCUCACAGACACACACUACACAUUCUCAGCUCAGCUGCCACACUGCCAUGGGUGUGAAAGAGAUACAGCUUAUAGUGCAGGGUCAAGAAGACUACAGAUGGAACACGAAGGAUGAAGGGUCGUCCGUGUCCUCUUCCUCCGUGCAGAAGAAUUUCUCGCGGCCCGCCCGCCCUGCCAACCGACGCCUCCCCUCCCGAUGGGCCAGCCGCUCCCCCACUCCUUCCUCCUCCACCUCUCCGUCGCCGCCGUCCUGGCCCCGUCAGAAACACACUUCCUCCUUCUCGUACUCACACGACUUUCACAUAGAGACUGUCAUCAUAUGAUCUCCGCCUCACUGUGUGAACGCGCCAGACGCCUUCAGUGAUAACCGCUGAGCUUCCUCUCUUCAUCCUCACCGCUGUACAUAGCAAACACAGACUGCUUCUCCGCGCCUCAAGACUCAGAAGUGCUUUAGUUUUGAGUUCACUCACCUUUAGAAUGUAUGUGGCAUCCAGCGGACGCCAUAGUAACAGACCAAGGACGCCAAGUCAAGGAUCUGAAGCAGCUUGAGGUAAUCAACAGUAUUAACCUGCCAGACAUUAAGCAAAUCCUCAGAGGAUGAUCAAAACAUCACUUACAAAAGGAACAGUCUCGUCCAAUGCAUCAUUCAGUCACUCAUGUUAACCAUGUGAAAGGACGUCCUAUGCUCAGGUCUGGAUUAUAGCCUCGAUCAGUGUAGCCUAGCAACAGCCUUGCUUUACCAACAACAGACCCGUCAUUACUCCUCCUGCUCUGUGUGUAGUAUUUACGCCUUUAAAAGUGAUGCUAGCUCACAUUCAAAUGAUCUUUCAGCCAAAUGAAAUCCAGAAUAAAUAUGGACUGUGUUUUGUAUUUCGUGUCUAACAUGUGUUGUGUGCUUUCUGCACAGCAUAUGUUACACACACAAUAUGCAGCGUCAUAUUGGAUUCAGAGAUGAAGACAGUGGAGAAGACGUCCCCUGGCUUCACUGAAGAAAGCUGUGUCGGUUUUCUGCCUUCUUGAAUAUUACCCACAUGACCGGACUGUACCUUACCUGUGACUCAAACUUAUUUUCUUUACGCUCAUGACUCGCUUUACAUUUUUCACGAUUAGGCAAAACAUUUACUUGAUAUCAACAGAUAGAUUCAAAGUUGAGUUCCUUUUUUAUAACUUUGUACCAAAG